AUGGUUCGCGGACCCAAAAAGCAUUUAAAGCGUGUCGCCGCCCCUCACCACUGGCUUUUAGACAAGCUCUCUGGUACUUACGCUCCCAAGCCUUCUGCUGGUCCUCAUAAGGCUCGUGAGUGCCUUCCCUUGAUCGUCUUCUUGCGCAACCGUCUUAAGUAUGCUUUGAACGGUCGUGAGGUUAGAGCUAUUCUCAUGCAACGUUUGAUCAAGGUCGACGGAAAGGUUCGUACUGACAACACUUUCCCUACUGGUUUCAUGGAUGUUAUUAGCAUUGAGAAGACUGGUGAACACUUCCGUCUUGUUUAUGAUAUUAAGGGACGUUUCACUGUUCACCGCAUCACUGCUGAAGAAGCCAAGUACAAGCUUUGCAAGGUUAAGCGUGUCCAAUUGGGUGCCAAGGGUAUUCCUUUCAUCGUCACUCAUGACGGCCGUACCAUUCGCUACCCUGAUCCUUUGAUCAAGGUCAACGAUACCGUCAAGCUUAACUUGGAAACCAACAAGAUUGAAGGAUUCAUCAAGUUUGAUACUUCUGCCCAAGUCAUGGUCACCGGUGGCCGUAACAUGGGCCGUGUUGGUACCAUCAUUCACCGUGAACACCACCUUGGUUCCUUUGAAAUCAUCCACGUUAAGGAUGCUUUGGACCGUGAGUUCGCUACUCGUCUCUCCAACGUCUUCGUUAUUGGUGAGACCAACAAGAGCUGGAUCUCUUUGCCUAAGGGCAAGGGUGUCAAGCUCAGCAUUACUGAAGAGCGUGACCGCAGACGUGCUCUCAAAGGACUUGCUUAA